UACCCGGUCUGUAGGUCGGGCAUGCCCGUGAACCAUCCCCUGCGAAAUCCUCUGCCAGCGCCUUCAAGAGAGCGGUUAACGUGCGCUUACAGAGAUAUGUGACACAAACGCCAUUUAACGUUGUCUUUCUGUCCAGCGGAUAAGCAAUAAGUUCAGCAGAAGCGUGCGGAAAAUUGCGAGCAGGACCCGAAAAGUGUCCGUCCGUUUUGUCCUACAAAGGCGCGGAGUGUUUGACAGCGGCAGGGCCCAACGGUAGUUAACUGCCUGUGAAGGAGGACGGCAUCCAGAGGUCUACAUGAAACAAUAAAGACGGUCCUCUCUGUGCAGGAAAGCAAGCGCCAACAUGAGGAAGGACGUGAGGAUACUCCUUGUAGGGGAGCCUAAGGUGGGGAAGACGUCCCUGAUUAUGUCUUUAGUCAGCGAGGAGUUUCCAGAUGAGGUUCCACUCCGAGCUGAAGAGAUCACCAUCCCAGCUGAUGUCACCCCGGAGAGGGUGCCCACACACAUUGUGGACUACUCAGAAGCAGAGCAGUCAGAUGAGCAGCUGUAUCAGGAAAUAUCCAAGGCUAAUGUGAUCUGCAUAGUUUACUCAGUCAACAACAAGAAGUCGAUUGAGAAGGUGACGAGCCACUGGAUUCCUCUCAUAAACGACAGAACGGACAAAGACAGCAGGGUGCCAUUGAUUCUUGUGGGGAACAAGUCAGACCUGGUGGAGCACAGCAGCAUGGAGACCAUCCUGCCAAUCAUGAAUCAAUACCAGGAUAUUGAGACGUGUGUAGAGUGCUCUGCAAAAAACCUGAAGAAUAUCUCUGAGCUGUUCUACUACGCCCAGAAGGCCGUUCUCCACCCAACAGGACCCCUGUACUGCCCAGAGGAGAAGGAGCUGAAGCCUUCAUGCAUUAAGGCUUUAACCAGAAUAUUUAAAAUCUCUGACCUGGACAAUGACGGCAUCCUUAAUGACAGCGAGCUCAACUUCUUUCAGAGAACAUGCUUCAAUACACCACUGGCACCCCAGGCGUUAGAGGACGUAAAGAACGUGGUCAGAAGAAACAUGAUGGAUGGAGUCAAAGACAACGGGCUCACGCUCAAAGGCUUCCUCUUCCUGCACACCCUCUUCAUACAGCGAGGUCGGCACGAGACCACAUGGACCGUGCUGAGGAGGUUCGGUUAUGACGACGACCUGGAGCUCACGCAGGAGUACCUGUUCCCCAUGAUAAAGAUCCCUCCAGACUGCACCACGGAGCUUAACCACAACGCUUACCUCUUUCUUCAGAGUGUCUUUGACAAGCAUGACAAAGACAGAGACUGCGCGCUGUCGCCAGAGGAGGUGAAAGACUUGUUCAAAGUGUUUCCCUACAUGCCCUGGGGUCCAGAUGUAAACAACACAGUUUGCACCAGUGAACAGGGAUGGCUCACAUACCAGGGAUACCUCUCCCAGUGGACGUUAACAACAUAUCUGGACGUGCAGCGUAGUUUGGAGUACUUGGGUUACCUCGGCUACUCUAUCAUCUAUGAGCAGGAAUCCCAAGCGGCUGCAAUUACAGUGACCCGUAACAAGCGUAUUGACCUUCAGAAGAAGCAGACCCAGCGCAGCGUCUUCCGCUGCAACGUGUUAGGAGCACGGGGCAGCGGGAAGAGCGGCUUCCUCCAAGCAUUUCUCGGCAGGAACCUGCAGCGACAGAGACGGAUUAGAGAAGAGCACAAGUCCUUCUAUGCCAUCAGCACGACUUACGUUUACGGUCAGGAGAAGUACCUGCUGCUCCACGAGGUGAUGCCGGAUUUUGACUUCCUGACGGAGACGGACUUGGCCUGCGAUGUGGUCUGCCUGGUGUACGACGUCAACAAUCCUCGCUCAUUUGAAUACUGCGCAAAAGUGUACAAGCAAUAUUUCAUAGACAGCAAGACGCCGUGUGUGGUCAUAGCCGCCAAGUCGGACCUGCACGAGGUGCGGCAGCACUACAGCCUCUCGCCGCAUGACUUCUGCCGGAAGCACAAGCUCCACCCACCCCAGCCUUUCACCUGCAGCACGAACGAAGCACCCAGCAAAGACAUCUACACUAGACUCACCACCAUGGCCAUGUACCCCCACGCCCGUCUCCGCUGCAUGUGUGCCUGCAACAGGUGCACAUAUUGCCUCUGUCAGAACCUCCUCAAGUUGGAGCUGCUGCGCAGCAUUAAGGCCCAACUCCGCACGGUCGUGUUCAACAGGUGUUCACGCACACGUUUGUGGCUGCCCCUCGUCCUCUUCCUCUUGCAUGUGUUCACUCUCUGCUAAUCUGCAUGGCUCACCUGUUCACUUCAGCCUCUGUACUUAAAGGCAUGCCUCAGUCCUCUGUGAAAUACUGCCAUCUGCUGGCAGCUGGGGAAGGUUCUGCAUCUGUCUGUACAGUGUAGUGAGCUUGGUGUUUGAAUUUAAUUGUGCAGGUUUGCUGAGGUACACUGCAGGUGUGAAUGUGUUUAAAUGUGUUUUGAGUGCGUGCGUUUCUAAUUUUUGUAAACGAUUGUUAGUCACUCAGGCAGGGCUAGAUGAAGUGUUGCACCCAACAACUAACCCUUGUGUCGACAUCGUCUCUGGGAGUUGUUAUCAGUGACCUUAAACAGGCAGAGUGAGGGCCCGACGACCUAAAAUCUAACAUUAAAGUAACAUUUCCGGUCCGAUUGAUUACAAGCAUCGAGAUUAAGGUGCAUUGAGCCAAAGUGCUCAUUAAGAUUAGAAAUUAACUGAGUAACAAGUACAGACCAUCCUUUAUACUCUGUUGUUAAAGAAUCUAACACUCCAAGAACACAAACUAUUAUUUUAUUUGGUAACAAACUAUACAGCUUGUUUAUGGUGUGUGUGUGUGUGUGUGCGCUUUUGUUUGAGAUGUGAAAUUAAAGUUGGUCAGGUAUCAUUGUGGUUGUGUUCAAGCUUUUGUUUCAGAGGUGGUGUUUGGCCUACUUUUCGGACUCGGUGGAGCUGGGCGAUACAGAUGACUUUUUAGUAUUUUUCACAUGCUCUCGUUUAUCUUAUUGGUGCAUUUUAUUUUAUUUCCUUCAUUGUUAUAAAUAAUUUUUAAAAAAAAAAGAAAAAAGAAGAAGAAGAAAUAACCAAAAUAACUACUUCACAUCAGCUAAAAGGGUAAAUAUAUUUUGCUGAAAAAGUGUAGUUAAUAGUUUUUACUGUUAAUGAGGAUAUACUGUAAUAUAGAACCAAGUAUAUACAGUAUGCACCACAUAUAUGUGGCCAUUUCCUCAUUUUUAUGUAAAAACAGUUCCCACACAUAUAGUAUUUCUCCGCUUCAAUCUCCCUCGUGAAUAUUUCCGGGUUGUUUUUCAUCUCCUGUGAUUAAAGACUAUAUUUUUAAGUGCUGUUGGGUCAGACCAAACCUGACAGUAUUCUUUUUAGCUCAAACAAGUAAUUAUAGGUCCAGGUGGUUAGUGGUUUUUUUUUUUUUUUUUUUUAAAAAGCAAAUGUUUUUCUUAGCAACCAGGAUAUUAGGAUGGCUGUAAAUAGAUUUUCUACCGGUAGCUGCCCACAGACUCUGUUUGCAGGCCUAUUUAUGUCAAUGAGUUGAUGGUCAGAUAACCUAUAAAGAUGGCAAUCAGCAUUUCCUACUGAUUCAGACUACCAAACCACAGUUGGAAAUUUUUUUUAAGUAAAUGCCUGCACAGACCAGCAUCGUGUGACUGGACCACAGGCAUGGUGUAGAGUCCACACAGAAACAGAGUUUUGAUGGAAAUUUGGUAAAAGCAAACGACAGCAGUGCAGAUGCAGACCGCGUGUAAACUGUAGUCUGUAAAGGCCGUGCAUCCUUCCUUUAUUCAACCAGAAACAAAGGAUAAACUCUUAGGGACAGAGUCUACAUUUUAUUUCUACAGCAACAACUAUUGUUGCGCAAUCACAACUACAGUUGCCUCACGGUGCUUUAUAUUCUAAGGUAAACCCGACAAUAAUACAAGAAAAAACGAGAAGACCCCAACAAUCAUAUGACACCCUAUGAGCAAGCGCUUUGGCAACAAUGGGAAGGAAAAACUAGCUUUUAACAGGAAGAAUCCUCUUGCAGAACCAGGCUCGGUGAGGGGCAUUAUGCUGCGACCGGUCAGGAUGAGGAGAAUGAGAAUCUUUAAAAUUAAGUGCAGGAGACUUUGUUGCCCUGGAGGCAAAACACAGUGUAAGAUGCUUAACUGUCUUAUACACUAGAGCACACGAAAACAUCCUUCCAGAUUCCUCACGUGACAACAUGCUGUCAUUACUUUCACCUCGCUUCCUUGAAGAAGAGAUUCUUCUGAUAAGAUGACAGCUUGAGGGCCACGUGCAGGUUUCCUGCUGUGCAAUACUUAUUUGCAUAUAUCCUGUAGCUAUGGCAACUCAGUUAACAGGUACCUGUGCGUGUCAUGAUGUGCUGCAUGUUAAUUACAAUUAUGAGAACCUGUUUAAGUGAUUUCCCUAAAUGAAUGAACAAUGACUAAAGUAUAAACACGUGUUAAAAAGAGAUGUUGGUAUAUAUUGUAUGAUGGUGUAUGAAUUAUCUGCCUAGCAACCAAGCAAACAUCAUCGUUUACUAUGUCAACACCAAUUUGUGUUUAAAACACGUUUACAGAAAGUUUUGAUGUUCAGUAAACUGCACCUUCGUUUUUUUUUUAAAUCCCUAGAAAGAAAGUAUUAGCUGGUUGUUAGGGAAAAUGUUUCUCCUAGAAACCACUGCCGCCCCUGAAAACUUCCGCUGCAUUGUGGAGGAUGCUUGAACCGGGUUUCAUGCUUUAAUCACUAACUGAGCGGUUCUGGCUGUGAUAAAUGUGUUGAUUGUUUAACAAAUUCAAAGUAUCUCCCUGCUUCACCUGCUGCAUUUGACUCCUUUUGUGACUGUGUGAGAGGCUGCCUGGUUGGGUGGAGUUU